AACUGCAAAUAGUGAUAAGGACAAUAAGAAAAUAACAUUAGUAGAAAAAGACAUGCCAAGGAAUUUAUGAUGCAAUGGAGUUAAAGGUGUGGGUUGAGGGUAUUCAACGUAUUGUUUGUGGUGUCACAGAAACAACGACUUGUCAGGAUGUUGUUUAUGCACUUGCACAUGCAACAGCACAAACUGGACGGUUCACCUUGAUUGAACGUUGGCGAACGAGCGAAAGGCUUCUCGCUCCUUAUGAAAACCCUCUAAAGAUUUUGAUGAAAUGGGGAGAAUAUGCGUCCGAGGUUCAAUUGAUAUUGAAGCGAUCUACCCCGGAAUCGAAUAAAGCACCAGGUCCUUCGGGUACAAGAUUAGUUCAUGGAAGUAGGCCAAGCGGAUUACCUAGUUCCUUGGGAGAUCAAUCACUCAAUCCCUAUGAAGAUGCUAAAUAUAGCCCGACUAAUCCAGUCCAAGAGUUCGACGAUGUACAAGACGGCCUAGAAAGAAAUCGAGAUAUUAGAAAGUCGUUAACCUUUAGUGGCCUUCAUGGAAACACGUCGGAAAACACGUCUGAGGUACAAAUGGAAAAUGUUGCCAUAAUUCAGCCUACACCGCAAUUAAAGUCAAAAGACUUUAAUAUGCGGAAAAUAUCUCAAAAAACUGCUCAAUCUCCAACGAGAACAACAGCCUCUGAAUCCAUUUACAUGUCUCAGAAAAAGGUUCGAGAAGUACCACCUUAUAGGGAUCCACCGGGUCCCAGUUCUCCGCCUUUGAGGACAUUACCCCCGUAUCGUGACCCACCACCACCAAAUUUCAGUAGUCCGGGAAGAUCUCAAGGUGUUUCCGGCGCAAAAGGCAGCAGUCCAAGACUAUACAAAGAGGAUCAAUUGUCUUCUAAUAUAGCAGUAAAAUCUAAAAAGAAUCUUAAUCAGGAGUUUCAAGAAAGUAGAAGCCCAAGUCAAAAUAUGAACCAAGUAACAGGACAAUCACAAAAUGCGGCUGGCACCGCGUACAGUCAAAGAUAUGUUGAGCUUAUUAGGCUAGUCAAUAGACAAAAGGACACACUCAAUUCACAGCAAGCAGAUAUGACAAAGUAUGAUGCGGAAAUACUUUACUGGGAGACCAAAAAUAGGGAACAAAUGCAUCAAAUGGAUUUUAUUGCUCAGGAAGUAAGCCGCCUUGAGACUGCUGGUCGUAAAAUUGAGGAACAGUUGAAAGAAUUAGCACACGUAGAGGAGGAAAACGAAAUCGUUAAGCAGCAGGAGAAAACUCUCAAAUCAGAAAUAACGCUCUUGAGAUCAAAAUUGGCGAAUUGUGAAACGGAACUUCUUCAGUGCAAGAACAAAAUUAGAUUGGUAAUGGAAGAACUGGUAAUAGAGCAACACAAUAUCAGUCGCAAGACCGAUGAACAUCAAAUGUUGGAGCGCAAAAUGAUAAGCGAAGUUGAACAUUUGCAAAGUGAAGUCGAGCAAAUAAAACGCUCGGCGGAAUUAUCGACGCAAUGCGCUGAAUCGUUGAAAAUGGAAGUUGCCAGUUUGGAAUCUGCGAUUGGGGAGAAAAAAUUACAGGUCGAACGAUUAGUGGCCGACAUGAAGGAAGCGAAUUUACAGAGUUUAACUGUUGGUCCCCAGGACGAGCAGGUUAAACAUCUUUUGGAAGGCGCACAGCGACCAGGCAGUACACGAAAAAUGAUAGGAUCUCCAAGACAAUUAGAAACUGCAGUGCCUACUAGCAAAAAUCCUCACGGUGUGUGGGUAUAAAAAUAAUAAUCGAAUCAAAUGAUCUCCGCGAUGAAAUUAAGUAAUCGCUAGAAACAAAGUGCUCUUCAAUACACCCGAUAUUAAUUUAUAAAAUAAUUUCUUCGUAAGUAGAAUUCUUAAGCAAAAUUUUAAUCUAUUAUUAAGACAGAAAAAAGGGCAACCUAACUUAAUUUUAAUCUCUUCCUAUAUUUAACUUAAUUUUUCCCUCCACUUCUUCGGUGUGAAUUUUUUUUAACCAAUUUCCCAAAAAAAGGAAAACAAACGUACUUAUCAAAUUUUUAACAAUUCACAUUGUUUUAUAAAGCAUCACUUUCUUCUCUCCUAGAUAAUUUAUUUUUUAAGAAAAUAUUCUUCUUUUAAAAAAAAUGUCUUUCGUCCUAAAAUAUCCCAAAAAGACUGAAAAAAAAUUUUAUUAGAAAAUAUUAAAAAAAAAAAAAAAUACAAUUUUCCUACACGAAUAGCAUAUAUUCUAAGGAGUCCAUUUUCAUAUCAUAAGUCAAUUUUCCUAGUAUAUUUUAAGGAAAUAAAAGAAAAGAAGGGAAUCAUCUUGACUGCAAGACAAAUAAAAAAAAGAACCACUUUUUAUUCAUCUUCGAAGUGAUGAGAUGAAUAUUUUUAAGUGUUUUUCCGUAAUAUUUUGGUUUAAUAUUACCGAUUUUUAUUGUUGUAAAAAAGAA